AUGGGAGGUAUGAUUGCUUCGAUGAUAGCAGCUCUCGGUGAAUUUCUAUACAGGUCUAGGAUAGAGGCGAGGAAGGCAAAUCCUAACUCACUUGUGGGGAAUUUUGCGAAAAACCUAAAAUCUGCUUUAUCGUCCCAGCUGCGACUAUCACUUCAAGGUGGAGCAGUAGCGCAGCCAGGAUCCCAAUCGCAUGAAGCCUUGAGGAGACAGCAGGCCGCAUCAUUCCUACCCGCAUCAAAUAACGACGAAAAGAAUGAACGACACUUGGAUAGAGGCGCUGGUUUGAGCUCUACGUUUGCCUAUAACACUGCAGUAUAG